UUGUGAAACUGAGGCCGAAGAAGGUGGUGAAGUUGGUGGUGCUGCAUAAACAAGAAGAUGGUGAAGGUUUUGGAGGAAGAGCGUGAGAUUGAUGAUGAUGCAACAACAACAACAACAACAACAUCGAAUGGUGAGAACAACACGAAUUUGAAGAAGAAGAAGAAGAAGAAGCAGAAAGUGCUAUUGAAUGAAGCUGAGAAGCGCGGUGUGUGCUAUCUGAGUCGCAUUCCACCUCACAUGGACCACGUCAAGCUUCGUCACAUUCUCUCUCAAUUCGGCGAUAUUCAAAGGAUUUUUCUUUCUCCUCAAGGAAAUUCUGCUGCCCAAGUGCCUCCUAAGCGGUCCCGGGCAUCCCGAGACCAAGCAUUUUCAGAAGGAUGGGUUGAAUUCGCCAAUAAAAGUGUUGCCAAGAGGGUUGCCAAUAUGUUAAAUGGUGAACAGAUGGGGGGGAAGAAGAGAUCAUCGUUCUACUAUGACCUUUGGAAUAUUAAGUACUUAAGUAAGUUCAAAUGGGAUGAUCUGACUGAAGAACUAGCCUUAAAGAAAGCUGUUCGGGAGCAAAAAUUAGCUGUAGAACUUUCUGCUGCCAAGAGAGAGAGGGAUUUCUAUCUUUCCAAAGUUGAUCAGUCACGAGCUUUGAAUGCUAUAGAGGAGCGGCUAAAGAAGAAGCAGAAGGUUCAACAAGACUCAGGGCAAGUGACAAAAGCGAUUCGUCAUUUCAAUCAGACAAAGCCAAUAGCUGCUAACGCUAAAGAAAGUAAAAAUGAACUCUCUGAUGAUAUGCUAGAUGCUGUAUUUGGCGGCUCAUAAUGCAUGUAUUGAUACCCUCGACAGUAGGAGCCAAAAUAUAGCACCACCAAAGGUAGCAUGUGCAUUGCAAUUUUCUGUGUACUUGGUUACCGUAGUGAGUCAGGGUGAUGCUUUCUUGAUGUAUUUCUUAAUUUGUAAUGGUUUAUCUAUAAAACAAUUUUGUAUUGAUCAUAACUGGCAAUGAUUUUAACGUGAGUUGAAAUUUCUAAAUUGGGCAAAUUUUAGUUUUCAAUGAAUUUUUUUUCCCACUUAU